UUUUAAAUUAGCCGCCCUCCAUUUAGCUCUGCAUAUUAGGCGGAUAUCUCCACCUAACUGAUACUGAACUGGACUGGACUGAACCUUCAAUGGAUCUCAAUCAUCUUUUCGUUUCUCUCACUCCAUCAUGGACUUCGGUUACUAUGUUGCUCAGUUUUUUUCUAUAUUUAGCUACCGUUGGAUCUAUUCUACCCGGAAAACUUGUUCCUGGGGUCACUUUAUCUGAUGGAACUCGCCUCCAUUAUCGUUGCAAUGGUUUUUUAUCACUUCUGUUGUUGGUUUUGCUUCUUGGAGUUGGGUCACAGAUGAAUCUUGUUUCACCCACUGCUAUAGCAGACAGAGGACUUGAGCUUUUGUCCACAACAUUUAUCUUUAGUUUUCUUGUGACAUUGAUGCUUUAUUUGGUUGGCUUGAACUCACGUGCAAAGAGUUCAUCACUGAAACCUCAUGUCUCAGGAAAUCUAAUCCAUGACUGGUGGUUUGGGAUACAACUAAAUCCUGAAUUCAUGGGCAUUGAUCUCAAAUUUUUCUUUGUUAGAGCUGGUAUGAUGGGAUGGUUACUUAUCAAUCUUUCAGUUAUUGCGAAAUGUGUUAUAGAGGAUAAACUUAGCCAAUCAAUGAUUCUCUACCAGCUAUUUUGUGGGCUAUACAUCCUUGACUACUUCUUCUAUGAAGAGUUCAUGACCUCCACAUGGGAUAUAAUAGCAGAGAGGUUGGGCUUCAUGCUGGUUUUUGGUGACCUAGUCUUUAUACCGUUCACCUUCAGUAUUCAGGGUUGGUGGCUUUUGAGUAACAAAGUUGAGCUAACAACAGCAGCAAUAAUUGCCAAUUGCCUCGUCUUUCUUAUUGGGUACUUGGUGUUCAGAGGAGCCAAUAAGCAGAAACAUAUGUUUAAAAAGGAUCCCAAGGCACUCAUAUGGGGUAGGCCUCCAAAAGUUAUUGGGGGGAAGUUGCUUGCUUCUGGCUAUUGGGGCAUUGCACGGCACUGUAAUUACCUCGGGGAUUUAUUGCUGGCAUCGUCUUUUAGUUUGCCUUGUGGUAUAAGUUCUGUGGUUCCAUACUUUUACCCCAUAUAUCUUCUCAUUCUGCUAAUAUGGAGGGAGAGAAGGGACGAAGCUCGAUGUGCGGAGAAGUACAAAGACGUUUGGGCUGAAUAUCGUAAACUUGUUCCUUACAGGAUCUUACCUUAUGUUUACUAGCUCGAUUGUUUGUCCACGUUACUGUGCAUUAGAGUCAGAAUUAGCCUCACUGUACUGUACUGUACUAUCCAAGCAGGAGAAGGGAAAAGCACAAGAAUGAAUAUUAAACCAAAUCCGAGCUUUUGCCCUAUUUAUGCAGCUUUCUCAUCUCCUCUGCGGAAGUAAUCUCUUAAUCUAUUUCAGUUAGGAUCGACAUUGAAUCGGGUUGUAACUGAUUGCUUAGCCAACUUGUACACUAGAUGUACUUUAUCAUGGUAGGCUUCAAAAUAAAAUUUAUAUGCUGCUUGUAUUGAAUGCCAA